CCAUCAGCCGCUGGGUUUGUGCUGGCGGCUGGUACGUCGGAGAAGAUUGUGUUUGCUGCAGUGUCCCUCCCAGGGGUCUGGCGUGGUGUGCCGGGAGACUAAGAAAAGAAGGGUUAGAGUAAGUGUUCCCCUUGGCUGCUUGAGUCGGAGCUAGAGUAUUUCCUUCCUGCCAGGCAAGUGCCCAUAGGAACCGGACCCCGCCCCCUUCCCGGCCUAGACUCCCUUUCCCCUCCCUGUCCCUUUCCCACUGGGGAUCUUUUCGUUUCCUCUUGUUCUCCCUGCGAACCCCCGCCGAGGUCAUGAAGCUCGUGAGAAAGGACAUUGAGAAAGACAAUGCGGGCCAGGUGACUCUAGUCCCCGAAGAACCUGAGGAUAUGUGGCACACCUACAAUCUAGUGCAGGUGGGCGACAGCUUGCGUGCCUCCACCAUCCGCAAGGUACAGACCGAGUCCUCCACGGGCAGCGUAGGAAGCAACCGGGUCCGCACUACUCUCACGCUCUGCGUGGAGGCCAUCGAUUUUGACUCUCAAGCCUGCCAGCUGCGGGUUAAGGGGACCAACAUCCAAGAGAAUGAGUAUGUCAAGAUGGGGGCUUACCACACCAUUGAGCUGGAGCCCAAUCGCCAGUUCACUUUGGCCAAGAAACAGUGGGACAGUGUGGUUCUGGAGCGCAUCGAGCAGGCCUGUGACCCAGCCUGGAGUGCAGAUGUGGCGGCUGUCGUGAUGCAGGAAGGCCUCGCCCAUAUCUGCUUAGUCACUCCCAGCAUGACCCUCACUCGGGCCAAGGUGGAGGUGAACAUCCCUAGAAAACGGAAAGGCAACUGUUCUCAACAUGACCGGGCUUUGGAGCGGUUCUAUGAACAGGUGGUCCAGGCUAUCCAGCGCCACAUAAACUUUGAUGUUGUGAAGUGCAUCCUGGUGGCCAGCCCAGGAUUUGUGAGGGAGCAGUUCUGCGACUACAUGUUUCAGCAAGCAGUGAAGACCGACAACAAAGUGCUCCUGGAAAACCGGUCCAAGUUUCUUCAGGUACAUGCCUCCUCUGGACACAAGUACUCCCUGAAAGAGGCCCUUUGUGACCCUUCUGUAGCUAGCCGCCUUUCAGACACUAAAGCUGCUGGGGAAGUAAAAGCCUUGGAUGACUUCUAUAAAAUGUUACAACAUGAACCUGACCGAGCGUUUUAUGGACUCAAGCAGGUGGAGAAGGCCAAUGAAGCUAUGGCAAUUGACACAUUGCUUAUCAGCGAUGAGCUUUUCAGGCACCAGGAUGUCGCUACGCGAAGCCGGUAUGUGAAGCUGGUGGACAGUGUGAAAGAGAACGCAGGCACGGUUAGGAUAUUCUCUAGUCUUCAUGUAUCAGGGGAACAGCUCAGUCAGUUGACUGGAGUAGCUGCCAUUCUCCGCUUCCCUGUCCCUGAACUCUCUGACCAAGAGGAUGAUUCCAGUUCUGAAGAAGAUUAAUGAUUGGACCUUAUAACUGAUAAAAGCUGUGUCUCCGUUGUUACAUUUUCUUAGCAUCCUGACAGAAACCUGCAAGGCACCUUGUGAUUCUUACAGGGAUAUCUCAUGUAUUUGGCCACACUAGGUAUUUUGUGAUUGGCAGGACAUGUGUUCAAACUAAAUAAAUUAAAAGGAAAUAAUCA